UUUGAGUUUUGCUGCCUGCUCCUCCCACAAGAUACAACCUCCUGCUGCCAGUGCUGUCUGCAAAGCAGCAUUUCAAACAGUGCUUAGGCUUGGCUUGUGAGGAGUGAAGAGAAAGAAAGAGAGCGAGCUCAGACUCUGAAGGAAGAGGGUGAAAAGCAGCACUCAAGAUUUUAUCUCUCCUAUCCUAUGGAUUUUACAAACUAGACCUCUCCCCCCCCCCAGCCAGACUUUUAUCAUGAGUGCACUGCCGCUGGAUCUCCCGAGGAGUCCUCUAACCCAGUGAGCAGAACUUUGUGGGGCAGGCAUUUCCCCUCCCCAGCUGUCUUUCAUGGUAAAGUAUUUAGCCCUGCUCUCCAGCCCACGGGGGCUCUUUCUCUCCCCUCCACAGGGAGCUGCGUGAAGGAGGAGAGGAGAGAGAGAUGCAUGUGGGGUGGUUCAGGCAGGCUGCCUCCUGGCUGCUGGUCCUGUGGGCUGCUGCUCCCUGCCUGUGGCUGCGCUGCAUCCUGGCCGAUUUCACCUUGGACAAUGAGGUGCACUCGAGUUUCAUCCACCGGAGGCUGCGGAGCCAGGAGCGCCGGGAGAUUCAGCGGGAGAUCCUCUCCAUCCUGGGCUUGCCCCACCGGCCCCGGCCCCAUCUGCACGGCAAGCAGAACUCUGCCCCCAUGUUCAUGCUGGAUCUCUACAAUGCCAUGUCGGUGGAGGAGGAGACGGCAGGAGCAGCCGGGGAGGAGGGAGAGGGAUUCUCCUACCCUUACAAGCCCAUCUUCAGCACCCAGGGGCCACCCCUGGCCAGCCUGCAGGACAGCAACUUCCUCACGGAAGCAGACAUGGUGAUGAGCUUCGUGAAUCUGGUGGAGCAUGACAGAGAGUUCCAUCAUCAGCGGUAUCACCAUCGGGAAUUCAGGUUUGAUCUCUCCAGGAUCCCGGAAGGGGAAGCAGUGACUGCUGCCGAGUUCAGGAUAUAUAAGGAUUACAUCCGAGAACGGUUUGAUAAUGAAACAUUCCAGAUAAGUGUCUACCAGGUACUGCAGGAACACCCAGGAAGGGAUUCAGAUCUGUUCCUGCUUGACACUCGAAUAAUCUGGGCAGCAGAGGAAGGUUGGCUAGUGUUUGAUAUUACAGCAACUAGUAACCACUGGGUGGUAAAUCCACAACACAAUCUUGGCCUGCAACUAUCCGUUGAGAGUAUAGAUGGACAAAGCAUCAAUCCCAAACUGGCUGGUCUUAUUGGAAGACAUGGCCCACAAAAUAAGCAGCCUUUCACGGUAGCAUUCUUCAAAGCUACAGAAGUGCAUCUACGUAGCAUUCGUUCCACAGGAGGCAAACAAAGGAGCCAAAAUCGAUCAAAAACACCAAAAAACCAGGAAGCCUUUCGGGUGUCCAACAUUGCAGAGAACAGUAGCAGUGAUCAGCGGCAAGCCUGCAAGAAACACGAACUGUAUGUCAGUUUCAGAGAUCUAGGCUGGCAGGACUGGAUAAUUGCUCCAGAAGGCUAUGCUGCAUAUUACUGUGAAGGAGAAUGUGCCUUCCCAUUGAACUCCUACAUGAAUGCUACAAACCAUGCUAUUGUACAGACACUGGUUCACUUUAUAAACCCAGAGACUGUGCCAAAGCCAUGCUGCGCUCCUACACAACUCAAUGCCAUCUCAGUGCUCUAUUUUGAUGACAGCUCCAAUGUUAUCUUAAAAAAAUACAGGAACAUGGUGGUACGGGCAUGUGGCUGCCAUUAGGUUUGCAGGAAGGAAAAAAAGUGGUUGGAAAGUGUUUUUAUAUGGAUUUACAAAGAUUUAAGUUUUCCUGCAGUGGACUGCCUUAAAAAAAAAAGUAAGUUGUAGAGACCAUGCUUCUGAAGGUGCAGAAUCAACUGGAGAUAGAGGAAAAAAUCUGGAUUCCACAUGGCAUUUGAAUAAAGUUUGUUUUAGUUUAUUAUAGACAUGAUUCUGCAAACUGGUGCUAAGUGAAACAAGCCAGAGGAACCAUUUGAAAUCAAACCUGUCCAAAAUAAUUGCUCCUACAUCUGCAAAUGAGCCUUUCAGAAGAUGGCUAACUCACCAUAGUUGAUUGUGAACAUCGUUUUUAAACAAAUCCAUCCAUGGUGAGAAUCUGGUGUGUUUAUGCAAAAAAAGUAAUAAACCUUUGUAGUUACUGUAAUAACUUGUUCACAAUAAAAUGUGCCUAAAAGA